GGGCCUGAAAAGGCGUCUCUUCCUCCCCCGCCACAAAGCCCCCCUAUGAGGGGCCUCCAAACGCAGCCCUGGCUCUGACUGAGGGGACGAGGAGGAGGAGGAGGGCCUGGUGUGGGGGGUCCCUGGUGCUCUCCUCCUCCGCGCAUGGUGGUUUUCCGGCAGACGCCUCCCUGCCAGAUCAGAUCAGAUCAUCAGGGCUGGCCUAGAAGGGCUUUGGCUCUCCUAUUUUUCUAUGUUAGAGUCAUAUGCGCCACAGAGUUCAGAGUAUCAAGGCCGCCACGGCUCAGCCCUGAGCUACAGAUAACCUUUUAUGUAGGAUCCGCUGCGGCACAAGAUCUCCUCUCAAAGGCUCCCUGGACCAUCCUUGGGCUGCCAUGGGGCUGGGGAAAAAACACAAUCCGUUUGUAUUUGGAAAUUUGGAAUUAACUUCUCAUGUGUUUGGGUUCACACUCUUUGAUUUGGGGUUGGCUUAAUAUUAUGUUUGAACCCAGGUAAUUCAACAAAUUUUGAUCAAACCAUGACUUAAUGUAAUGUUUAAACCUAGUUUGUGCAUAUAUAAGAAUUAUUUUGGAAUUGCAGUCUUGUAUGGAAGAACCACCAGAUAUAUUGGGACCAGCACCCAAAAUUCCCAACCAGAAUUCCCCUUAACUAUUCAGGCCAAGAAUCCUGAAAGAGGCCGUAUGAACAGAUUUGGAUAGUCUGAAUAGAACAAACCUGAAGGUAGGAGUUGCUGCACGCAAUGCCCACAUUCAUACCGCACGGUUUCCACUCUCACAACAGGCAGGGUGCUGCCCCGCAUCGGAUGUGGGGCUGCUGGUCUUUACACCCUGAUGCUCUUCUUCCACCCUUCCAUUUCUCUCUCUGGCAUCCUCUGUCUUCACCAGUGACAAUACACUGUGAGAAGAGCCAGCCCUUGACUUCUACUUUCCAGGCAGCCACAAUCUCAACUGCGUUCAGAAAACCAUGGGUCCCGGAAGGCAGAGACCUGGUGUUGUGGAGAAAUGUCCUGCCACUCCCACUGCUCAUUCCAGGCAAUCUCCACGGAUCUUGGUGAUAGACAUCCAUCCUCCCCAUUGGGACAAGACCUGCCACAAACUCUGUGAAGCCUUGGAAAAUGUCUUCUGCUUAGCUUGCAGUUUGACAGGCUCACCCCGCAUCCCUUCAUUCAGCCUCUACGUGGUCCAGAACCAGCAGGAAUGCCUGCUGCCCUUCGUGGCUCUUAAAGGGGGCUUUGCUCGGCUCAAGAGCUGCUUUGCGGAGCUUUGUGCCUUGCCAAAAGAAGGGGCCUUCCAGCCCAGAGAAGAGGCGGUGGUUCAAGCGGUGCUGGACGGGUUGCAGCAGUUCAAACAGUUCACGGGUGAAGGCAUGGCCGGAGCGCCUCUCAGCAGCUCUUCUGUGGAGAUUACGAUCCUGACUAGCCAGCCCAGCAGAAAAAUAGCCAGCCAAUUGGAUGUUGGAUUGCAGGGUGUUGACCUGGUUAGCCUCCACCAACUGCAGGUGGUUGAGGUUUCUCAGCAGGCAGUCCAGGAACCCUCAGGGGCACAGUGGGGCGGAGAAGUGCCCAGCAGCAGUGGAGAGGGCACCACCACAAUCCUGAGCACAGAGGUUGAUCUGCAGGCUGUGGAGAACGAUGUGGUGGCCUUAGAGGACUUUUUCAAAUCCUGGCUGCACGACCAUGCUCCGGAUCAAGAGCACCUUCAUCUCCUCCUGCCUGCCAGGACCACCAGCCGCUCUGAGGCACCAAGCAGCGAUGCAGGUAACCUACCCUUGCCCGCAGGUGCCCACAUUGGUGCCAUUUUCUUGGCAAACAAAUUACAGGCCCUGAAAGCUGACGGAGUCUGUGCAUCCAUGUUUUUGGGUCUCCCUCUAAUCGUAAGGCCCACAAGCUGUUGGCAGCUGAGCUGGGAUGAACUGGAGACCAACCAGCAGAGUUUCCAAGCCUUCUGCCACUGCCUGCAAAGGAGGAAAUGGCUGCUGCUUGCCAAAUACGAGGCUUGGGCUGGGCCAGAUCUCAGUGGAGGCCUCUCAGCCAGCACCUUCCAGGUCCUGCUGCCCUCGGACUCCUGCUCCCUGCUGCUGCGCCCGGUAGUGGCCCGAGAGCUGCUCCUGCCUUGCAGCUUUCCUCCCCUCCCUGCUGACCUGUCAGAAGCAGCACUUGCUCAAAUGGAGGGCGUCCUUGGCGGCCUGGAGGUUGAAGCACACUACGAUCCCCUGCGGGCGACCGGUCAUCUGUAUCAGGCCUUGAAGAGGUGCCUGGGCCGCCUGCCCACCUCCCGGGCUCAGCGCUGGGCACCGAGGCAGUGGCCCCGCCAGCACGGUGGUCGUGUGCAUCCCAGCAGGGCCAGGGCCACAGUGGCCCCACUGCAGGUGGCUCUCCCGCCUGCUGGCUCCGGCAGCCGCCCCCUUUUUCUGAGCCAAGGAAAGGUGAUCCCAGAGCCUGAGAUGUAGCAGCCUUGGCCACAGAGGGAAGACUCUGCCGCCCUCACAGCCUCAGAGCCAGCCUGCCCCUCCCCACCCUCACCCAGAAGACUCCAGGGAGGACGGGGGUCUGUGUGUGUUAGAUGUUCCCCACAAGCGCUGGGGCCAACCUGCCGGUUUCUCCCCACUUCCACCAGCCUGGGCUCCAUGCGGAAGCGAGCGGAGGGGGAGGGGGGGUUGUGGCACUUCCUGGUUUCCGUUGUUCGGCCCUCUUCCGCCCUGGCUCAGCCACAUCCUCUGCUCUGUGUCAAUAAACCACCUUGUGACAGCCUGAGCGAGCAAGUGUCUCCUUCAGCGCCUUCCCACAACACACACACACACACACACACCCAGCGCGGCUUCCGCUGCCCCAGGACCCCUUCUCAGCCUCCUGCAGGCAGGGCAGCCUCAGACACAGAGCCGGGAGCCUCAGCCCACCACGCAGGCUGCCUCCAACCUGGCUGUGAGGCUGGCAGUGGGCCAGCAGAGGCUCUCCCCAGCAGCAACCGAAGGAAGCGCCAACCUCCUAAAUGGCUUGCCAGGCGCCAUGGAGGCUUUCUGGGCUCACUGCCGAAGGCCGCAGUCCCAAAGAAGCCAUGUCCCGGAGGCCAGGAGGGGGUCCGUCCUACCUUUGACAGCCAUUCCCACCCAGUGGCUUCAUGCCUUGGUCUGUGUGGCCCUCAGGCUAGGUUGG